UGAACUAAAACUGAGGCGGUUGAACAAGUCCUUAGUGUAACAGGAAGUUGUCGAGACAUUUCACUUAUAAAAUCACAAAUGUCAUCCUAAAGGUGAUGCUAGACCAGGGGUCGGCAACCCGCAACCCGUCGGCUCUCGAGCCGCAUGCGGCUCUUUAAGCCCUCCACUCUGGCUCCCUUGAGCUUAGGCAAAAAUAAGUAAAUCAAAUUAAAGUAUUUGUAGGACUAUUUAAAUGUUGUUGCACGGUUGAAAAUGUUUCGUAUCUUGUAUUUUGAGGUGAUACUGUGACACAUACAAAUAAUUAAAAAAACUGUUUUAAUUAGAUCAACUCAAAUAUGCGUCACAUCCUGCUACGGUCCCGCACCAGCUCAUUUUCUUGCAGGCGAAUAACCUGACCCCCGGCUCAAUGAGCGAACUAUGGAUAAAUCAAAGAAAAGAAAAGUAUCGGAGGAACACAGAGGGUUUAAUCCUGCGUGGUUAGAGAUUGAGGAGGGUGAUGUCUGAAGAAAUGGAGAAGCCAAAUGAACGUGUUCACUCUGACUUGCAGAUUGAGAAUGGAGAUGCAGAAAUACAGAAGGGAAAAGAAACUCAGACUUUGCCAUGGCACAGUCCACCAUCAGUGAUACUGUAACUUUACAACCAGCCAUAAAACAAGAUUGCUGGAAAGGGGAGGGGAACUGCGGAAAUGGACUCUCAACACCAGAGAUUCAGCUACUUCAGUCAUAAAUUGUGCUGAGGAUACCAAUAAACUUGUGGGUACAGUGGAUGAAGGAUAUACAGGAGAUGUGGAGGUGUUCACAGGGAUCGCACCAGGAAGCAAUGUGAAGCUGGUGCCCAAAAUCUUUAACAGUCAUCUGGAGUUUCUGGAGCUGAUCUUCACGCUGGGAGAAACCAGCGCUACCGUUCACACCAAGAAGCCGCUCGACGCAGACCUACUGGCAGUCAGUGACUCCACUUUGUAUUAUUCUGUCAUGUGUGACGGCACUGUUAAGUACAACAACUCGCGCACAGUGAAAAUCACCGACAUCAAUGACCACAGUCCGGUUUUUGAACAGAAGACCUACACCACUGACGUCUCUGAGAUUGAAGACGUGGACAGUGUGGUUGUCCAAGUUACGGCUAAAGAUGGAGACAGCACUACAGCAAACAACUUAGUGACAUACUCCUAUGCACCAACCUCAGAAGACUUUAGUUUGUUGAGCUCAGGGGCUUUUAUUUUGAACAGACGUUUAAACUACAAUUUAGUCCAGAAAUACAACUUCCUUGUGACGGCCCGGGAUAACUGGGGUCUAAACGACACGGCCACUGUGACGAUUAACGUAGUGGACUUUGAUAACUUGAAUCCCUUCUUCAGCUACAACGUGUACCAGGCCUUCAUUCAAGAGAAUCAGGUUGGGCAUUUCCGGACCAUUGAGCCGGCGGCGAUAAAAGCUGAGGACGGAGACAAAGGGAUAAUGAUUCCUUUAACUUACAGCAUCAGUGCAGUGUCUCCAGACAAGUAUCGGAGUAACUUCAACAUCGACUCCAGCAGUGGGGUUGUGUCUGUGACGACUGCUUUAGACAGAGAGGAAAUGGACGUCAGUGUGAUCGACGUCAGCAUCAUGGCGGCCCAGACAGACAACAUUUUGAAGACGGCUGCCGCUUUGGUGACCGUCAGUGUCGAGGAUGUGAAUGAUAAUCUUCCAGAGUUUGACAAGCCCAACUACUCCGUAACUCUUCUGGAAAACUCUCCUGUGGAUGCUGUUCUGUUCAAACCCGUCGUCACCGACCUGGACGAGGGAGGAUUUGUGGGAACUUUGCGGAUCGUUCCAGAUUCUGCUCCUUUCUCUGUCGGUGCUGAUGGGACGGUCAGAGUGAAGAACUCCACAGUUCUGGACCGAGAGACCACUGAAAGAUUCACAUUUCAGAUUGAAGCAAGGGAGGCGAAUCCCCCCCACAAUAAUGUAACGGUGCAAGUCAGUGUGACUCUUCUGGACGAGAACGACAACAGUCCUGUGUUCACCAGUAACACUUACGAGGGAAAGGUGUAUGCAAAUCAAACAGAGGGAAUGUCGCUGGUCCAGGUUAAGGCAGAAGAUCUAGAUGCCGACAAGAACGGGCAGAUCAAAUACUCGAUUGAAUUUGGGAACGAAGACGGCUACUUCUCAAUCGAUGAAAACAGUGGAAUAAUCGCGCUGGCUAAAACCAUUCCCCUGGAGGAAAACGUGCUAUUGGAGUUCCCUCUCUUCAUAACAGCCAGAGAUGGCGGCACGAUAUCCCGCUCCUCCUCAGCUAGGGUGAACAUUCGUGCUCCUGGUGACUCGAAACCUCAGUUUUUACAAAAACUGUACCGUGGCACCGUAGAAGAAGAGCAGGAGCCAGGAGUUGUUAUUCUUACGGUUAACUUCCUCGCACUAUCUGCUGAGCAUUCUCCGACUCUCACGGUUGUCACAGAACCCGAGAAAUUCACCAUCUCCAACAGUGGUGAAUUCUCCACUAAAGUGAAGCUAGACUACGACGAGGCUCCACACAACUACACUGUGACGAUCUCCAUCUCUGACGGAUCCCACAGCGACAGUGCCGUGGUGGAAGUUCAAGUCACAGACGUCAAUGAUAACGGUCCUGUUUUCACGUCGAGUUCUGUCACAAAAUCAGUCCCAGAGGACGCGGAGCUAGGGUCCAACGUUACUGUUGUUCCGGCUACAGACAAAGACAGCAGCUUCAACAAGGAGAUCAGAUACUCCCUGAGAGGAGGAGAGGGGCGGUUCUCUGUGGACGCUGUUUCUGGCAUGGUGAGUGUUGCUGCUUCACUUGACAGGGAGACUAAGGCUGAGUACGAGCUGCUGGUGGUGGCUGAAGAUCAGGGUCGUCCAGUCCGCUCCGCCUCAGCCUCCCUGCUGAUUCAAGUCACCGACAUCAACGAUCACAUCCCAAAGUUCUCAGAGUCUGAGUAUCAAGCUGAAGUCCUGGAGACAGAGUCAGCGGGUUCAAUCCUGCUAAGCGUAUCAGCUUCAGACCCUGAUGAAGGAGCAAAUGGAAGAGUUACUUACAGUGUUUUCCAGCAGAGUCCUUCGUCAGAUACUCCUGUGUUUGAGUUGGACUCUUCCUCUGGGACUCUGCGUCUGCUCCAACCUCUGGACUACAGCCGGGUGAAGGAGUACAGGCUGGUGGUUCAGGCCUCCGAUGGCGGGACUCCCUCUCUGGUAGGGAACGGCUCUGUGGUGCUGAAGGUGAAGGAUGUGAACAACAACCCUCCUGAGUUCAGUAAGGAAAGAUACGAUGGGACCGUCUCUGAGAACCUGGCUGGGGGUUCGUCCAUCCUGAGCCUGGAGGUCACUGACAGAGAUGAGGGCGGAUUCUCUGACGGUUACUUCAUCUACAACAACGAUACCUUCGACAUCAACAAUCAAGGUGUGGUCUCCCUGAGUAAGGACGUCACUUUGGACAGAGAGACAAAGGACAGCUACAUUUUACAGGUGGUGGCAGUGGAUCAGCUGGUUGACGGGCUCAGUUCCACGGCUCAGCUCAACAUCUCUGUCCUCGACUACAACGACAACGCCCCGCAGUUCCCGAUCAUCCCCGACCCCCUGCAGGUCCCGGAGGGCGACUACUCCGAGAAAAACCCUGGAGAAAUCCGCAUGAUCGUGCCCACCGACGCCGACCUCGGCCCCAACGGAGAAGUCACCCUCUCCCUCACCUCCCCUCACCCACUCUUCAGAUUCAGAGAGGACGGGAUGCUGCUGGCUGUCGGACCUCUGGAUCGGGAGAGCAAGGAAACAUAUGAGCUGGUGGUGAAGGCCUCAGAUAACGGCAGCCCACAGAGAGAGAACAUCACCACCAUCAGAGUGAGCCUCGUGGACGUCAACGACAACAGACCUGAGUUCAGCUCCAGCAGCUUCGCCAGCAGCGUCCUGCUCAAAGACGCCGAGGAGGGCAAGCUGCUGCUGACGCUGUCCGCCUCCGACAGAGACCAAGGGAACAACUCGCUCAUCAGAUACAGUUUCUCAGAGGGAAGUUCUCCAUAUCUGGCGCUGAACAGUGAGACUGGGGCCGUGACCCUGACCUCUGACCUUGCUGAUGUGAUUGAGGACACCACGCUGGUGCUGAAGGCCAUGGCGACAGACCAGGGCCGACCCCCGCUGAACUCCACCGCCGAUGUGGUGGUGAGCCUGAGGGUCGCCAGCCUGUCGGAGGGCGUGGCCUUCCUCAGGUCCUCCUACAACUUCAGCCUCCUUGAGAACCAGCCGGCGGGGGGGGAGGUGGGGAGGGUCUCCGCCGCCUCAGGAAGUCCCAUUUACGACGUGAUUUACUCACUGAAGACACACACAGACCUGUUCUCUGUGGACGCCAGCGGAGCCAUCCUGAGCCGAACACAGCUGGACCGAGAGGAGCAGGACUGGUACAUCCUGGACGUGGAGGCAGUGGACACACGCUCCCCCCCCACGUCUGCCAUUGCAAUGGUCAGAGUGGAGGUGGAGGAUGUGAACGAGGCUCCACAGUUCUCCUCUGAGGUUUAUAAAGCCUCUGUGUUCAGCAUCGCCCCGUAUAAAACCCCCGUCGUCUACGUCAAGGCGGCGGACCCUGAUUUGGGGGAGGGGGCUCAGCUGGUCUACAGUCUGACAGAGGACUCUCAGUUCUUCGCCGUGGACCCGUCCUCCGGCCUGCUGUUCGUCGUCUCAGCUCAGAGUCUCUCCGGACUGAACACCGUGGAGCUGAAGGCCUCCGACCCGCGAGGGCUCAGCGCCACAACCAGGGUGGAGGUGGAGGUGCGUGGCGGUGCGAGCAGCGGAGACAUCGUCGUGAUCUCCAUCAACCAGCCGGCCAACACCGUGGAGAAGAAGGUCCCAGAGCUGGAGAAGUCUCUGGGUGCAGCUCUGGGCUUCACCGUGAACAUCCUGGAGGUGUGGAGCUCCAACGGAGGAUCGUCCAGAGCCAGAGCCUCCGUCAGGACUCUGAUCAGCUUAAUCUCUGAGGACGGAGGGAAGGUGGUUCCCUCGGAGGACGUCACACAGAAGCUGCAGAGCGAGGCGGCGGCUGUGAGGGCGGAGCUGGUCAAAGUGUUCGGGGACGGUCUGCGCUUCGAGGUGGAGAUAGAACCUGAAGGUCCCGCCUCCAGCCAGCCGGCAAUCAUCGCUCUGGGCGUCCUGCUGGCGCUGAGCAUGCUGGGAUUGAUCGUUGCUGUGGCCUUGAUCAUCAGGUUCAAGAGGAGUCAGAAACACGAGCAGGAUUCAGACAAGGAGAGCUUUGAAGGUUACAUGAACAAGUCUCUGAACGGGGCGGAAGGGUCUGAACAGAUGAGGGAACAGGAGAAUGCAGCAGAAGACGGAGGGACGGACGGAGACAGUGUGAGGUUUAAAGCAAACGCACAGUGGAAGAACGAGGAGAGAGACGGAGAGGAAAGCAGAACGACUCUCUGAUCUGAAAGCAGCUGAUUCACUCCCUCUGAUAUUUAAACACUCUGCAGACUGUACAGUCGACAUCACGACUGAUAUUUAAAUAUAUUUAAAGCCACUUUGUGUUAAAGAUUAGAAACAUUACAAGCCGUCUGCUUCCUAAACAUUUAGACUUUUUGAGCAGUUUCAAAACACCUUGGUCCAAAGGCUGCUAAUCGACGCUAUAAUUGAUAAAUGGAUGUUUGAAACAGUGAUCUCCUUACUGAGCAAGUCCAUGAAAUGCUGCUGAAAGCUCUGGAAAAAGAUUGUUAUACAUUUUUAGAUCUUACAUUUAUUAUUGUAAUGACGGACCAAAUUAAAUGACAGUCAGCUUUUUAAAGUGUCAAAAAGUGGCGCUCUCCAGACAAACACAAACAUCACAGCAGCAGAUUUGAUUGAAAUUGACUCAACGAGAAUCAGCUGCAGUCGUGUUCAGAUUGAGUUUUUAUUUUUAAACAAAUCCUCUGAUCAGCCUGAGCGAAACGAAACAAAUCAUAAAUAAGAUGGUGCUUUAUUCCGAGAAGACGAUUUAUUAUGAAAGCAGGUCAAAUGGAAAAUAAUGAAGACAGAAAGUCUCUGUUUCUGUACAGAGACUCUUUAUCAUCAGCCUGUCGAUUCAUUCAAUUUACUCGAUUGUAUUUUGUCGUAAACUAACCAAACAUAUUUAUAAUUUAACAAAUAUCUGAUGUUCAAAUGUCACUCUUUAUUUCCAGACAAACAUUUGAUCCAUCUUUGCACUUUAUUCGCAAAAAUGUAAAUAAUAUUUCUGGAGCUCUGUAGUAACACUGGACCAUAAAACAUCUGUAUAAUAAAACACAUUUUAAAUUCA